AGUCUGGCAUAAAAGGUUCUGCUGGAGUUUGCAGCGAAGUGGACAGUGCUCAGACAAAGACCAUGGAGUCCAGUGUCCUGCUCCUCCUCACUCUCCUCAUGGGUUUCUUACUGCUAUUGGUCAGCAGUCGCACAAAGCCCUGUGGCCAACUUCCACCAGGACCCCGUCCCCUGCCCCUCGUGGGGAACCUUCUGCAGAUGGACAAAGGAGGCCUCCUCAACUCCUUCAUGCAGCUUCGAGAAAAAUAUGGAGACGUGUUCACAGUGCACCUGGGACCGAGGCCCGUGGUCAUGUUGUGUGGGACAGAGGCCAUAAGGGAAGCUCUGGUGGACCAAGCUGAGGCUUUCUCUGACCGGGGGACAAUAGCUUUGUUUGAGCCAAUUGUACAGACAUAUGGUGUGGUCUUUGCCAGUGGCGAACGCUGGAAGACCCUUCGGCGGUUCUCUCUAGCCACCAUGAAGAACUUUGGAAUGGGCAAGCAGAGUGUGGAGGAGCAGAUUCAGGAGGAAGCCCGACGUCUGGUGGAGGAGCUGCGGAAAUCCCAGGGAGCUCCCCUGGAUCCCACCUUCCUCUUCCAAUGCAUCACAGCCAACAUCAUCUGCUCCAUUGUCUUUGGAGAGCGCUUUGACAACAAAGACCACCAGUUCCUGCGCCUGCUGGACCUGAUCUAUCAGAGCAUGUCACUCACCAGCUCAUUCUCAGGCCAGAUGUUUGAGCUCUAUUCAGGUUUCCUGAAGUACUUUCCUGGAACCCACAGACAAAUCCACAAAAUCCUGCAGGAAAUCCUUGAAUACAUUGACCACAGCGUGGAGAAACACCGGGCAACCUUGGACCCCAACAAUCCAAGAGACUUCAUCGAUACCUUCCUUAUACGCAUGGAGAAGGAGAAGUCCAACCAACACACGGAGUUCCAUCACCAGAACCUCAUGAUCUCAGUGCUGUCUCUCUUCUUUGCUGGUACCGAGAGCAGCAGCAUCACGCUCCGCUUUGGCUUCCUGCUCAUGCUCAAAUACCCCCAUGUUGCAGAGAAAGUCCAAAAGGAGAUCGAUCAGGUGAUAGGCUCACAUCGCCCACCAACCCUUGAUGACCGCACCAAAAUGCCUUACACAGAUGCAGUGAUCCACGAGAUUCAGAGAGUUGCAGAUAAUGCCCCUAUUGGAAUGCCACACAAAGUCACCAAAGACACUUCAUUCCGAGGGUACCUGCUCCCCAAGAACACUGAAGUGUACCCCAUCCUGAGUACAGCUCUCCAUGACCCACGGUACUUUGAACAACCAGAUGCCUUCAAUCCUGACCACUUCCUGGAUGCCAGUGGGGCUCUGAAGAAAAAUGAAGCUUUUAUGCCCUUCUCUAUAGGAAAGCGCAUUUGUCUUGGCGAAGGCAUUGCCCGCAACGAAUUGUUCCUUUUCUUCACCACCAUCCUCCAGAACUUCUCUGUGUCCAGUCCUAUGGCUCCUAAGGACAUUGAUAUCAGGCCCAAGGAGAGUGGCUUGAUCAACGUAGCUCCAUCAUAUCAGAUCCAGUUCUUGGCCCGUUGAAUGGGCUGAGGUGGCCAGGUGUCCCCACUCCUGUUGAGAAUGGCCCCAUCUUUCUUCCUCUGUGAGACCUGCUGCAAACCAGGCCGUAGGCCACUGCUCACACCGUUCCACCUUACUGCCGCUUCUGCAAAGCUCCGAGGUGUGUUCUUCUGCCCUGAGAAUAGCACUGGAGAAAUCACUCAAUGUCUUUCUUGUUGUGUGAACCGAGAGACUUCCAGAGGCUACAUCUCAUGCUGAGUCAGUUCUGUAAUGAUCUGUUCCAUCCCUUUAAGAGACAAGCCAUGCCCAUUCCCUCCCCUGUCUGCCAAGGAAACUGACCUUCAGCUUCCAGCCUUUUCUGUUUCUCCCCCAAAGAGGCAGCUUUUGCCUCUCUCCAUUCUCCCCACUUCUUUCCCCUGCCCCUGCCCCCUCUCGGCUCUUCUCCCUCUCCCCUUCCCUUGUGUAACCCACUAAAUAAAUAUCCAACCUCACUCUGCAUGGCGUCCCUGUCUGUCUCUCACCUGCUGCAUGCCUCCCUGCCCAGGACUAGCCAUCUUUGGAGACCUGCCGCAUGGUCCUGUGGCGCGCCCAUUUGUCUGUCUCUCCUCAUGGCCUGCUGCAGCCACUCGGGCGGGGAACUGUGCCAUCCCUUCCUGGGACUGGCUGCUCUUGGGACCGCUGUUAGCUGCCUGCCACCACAUGGCCCACUGCAGCCUCUAGGGGACCUGCAACAUUUCUGCCUCUGCAGUCACUGGGGAUCCUGCAGCAUUUUUACUUUUACCAUUACAAGCUCCCUACUGCACCCAGCAACCACAAUUUACUUGUAGAAACUUCUGGUGCUCCAUCAUCUAAUCUAAUGAAUGCUGGCCAUGUCAGAGGAUCAGCAGGUGGAAACUGAACUUCAAGGUGUCAGCUCACCAGGAGGAAAAUUCUCUGAUGGGGCAAUCUCAUUUUAAGCAAAACUGUGAGACCACAGACUCCAGAAUGUCUUUUGCUUCUGCUGUGCCUUUACAUGUUUGCUGCUACCAUCUCUCCCUAGUAUCUGGCUUGGUGUGAGAAGAUAGGGGGAGACCCCACUGCCUUUAACAUAGUGUGUUUCUCUCAUGAAAACAACCUGUUCUACUGGGCAAUUUUAUCUGUGGAUUGUCAAGAAGAUGAUUCCUCCCUAAUUGUACUAUCUAAUUGAUACAAUGUUAACUUAUUAAGAAUUUUGAGAAAUAAAAAUGAAUACACAGUCAGGGCCUAUGAGUUCUCCCAAGGGGCUGCUAUAGAUCAUAG